ACGUACAGACCUGUGAGGUAUCUGGCUCUGCAGGGUUUCUUUCUGCAGAUCUUUCAUUUGGGGUGACGCAGGAAACCGAGAAGGGGCACUGAGCACAAUCGGCUGUCGAGGUUUCACACCACAGAUUUAUCUAACCCUUUCGCGCCGCGUUUGAUCUGAUUGUCACCAUGGUGCGUGUAAACAACUGUUGCGGAUGCUGUGACCUCAAGUCCGGCACAAUCGCCGUCUCCAUCGUGUACCUGGUCCUGGCUAUCGUGAACAUGGCGCUGGGCAUCGCUGGAGUGGUUGGUACUAAGGGAGUUGCCACGUACGUCGGCGUCUCCAUUGACGCCAUAAUGCUUAUCCUGUGCAUCCUCCUCAUCAUUGGGGCUUGCAUGGACAACCCCGACCUGUGCAUGGUGUGGGUGGUUGGUGCGAUCGUGUGGUCCGUGCUUACAACCAUCAUAGCUGUUGUGAUCUCCACGGUGUUCGCCGCCAACAUUGCCGAGCACCGGGGUCUUGAUCCUGACCUCCCUAUGCCUACUGGGGCCCCGGCUACCGCUGGAGUUGCCGCUGGACUGAUCCUGGGCUUGGGUGUCGUUUGGGCCUUUGUGGCGCUGAAAGUCUGUCUGGUGAUCUACAGCGCCAUCGUGGUGUACUCCCAUGCCCAGAACCUGCGUGAGGGUGGCGGCAGUCCCCCACCUUACAACCAGUUCGAGGGGGCAAAGGCUAUAUAAUCACUGGAUGGAGACCAGAGUGGGCACAUGCCGGACUACCAACAUACCGACCAUUGUGUUCAUAUUGUACCCAAGACUUCAAAUUGUCAACUCUGUAGCUUCUUUAUAUUUAGUUGUUCAUUUGAUUAUUCCUGUUUGCAAACGUUCCAACGAGGAGUGACUAGACAUGACAAAGUUAAACAAUGGAGAUAGAGAUUAUCGCACGGGGUUGUUUAAGGGAACCAACUUUGUAUACUUAACGGUUAUUUGUACUAUUUCUUAAAAGGUGAGACUGGUACCGGUGUUAGUUACCAUGUACCAUGAAAAAUGUCCGAUCAUGCAUGCGCAAAGACAACUCCAUGUACCAACCUGCUGUCUUCGGCAUUUUGAAACUUGAAACUUUAUUUUCAAUACAAACAUAGCAGACAAAAGUCUGAAUUGCGUUAGUAUUUACCCACCAUUGAGCUAGUUUUAUAUUAUAAUACACAAACUGUGGGUAUUUACAGUUUUAAAAGUAAAUUCUUAAUUUCUAUAUAAAAUAUUUACAUUUAUAUUUUUACAUUAAGGUUUAUCAAUCAUUACCCGGAGUCUGUAUUCUUCUUUUGCAAGGAGUUUAAAGUCUGUACAUUUAGAAGCUUGUUGUACUCAUGCAUUAUCCAGAACUCUGUGCUUGUCUUGAGUAAAAUCUGGUUUUAGACUUUUCUAGACCACAGUCGUUUUGGCUUUUGGAAUGCACUACAUGUGUGCAGUUGUAUCUUUUCUGGUUAACUUUUCUACAAUUUUUUAAAAUAAAGACUAGUUUGUCGGUGUA